AUGUCUGACGACUUCAUGUGGCGACGUCGAGAACUGUAUGGCGACUACGACAAUCUGCUUUGGGAACUCCACAGGGAAGAUCGAAAAGGCUACAAGACGUUCAUAAGAAUAACACAGGCCUUCUUCGAGGAGAUGGUUGAGAGGAUCACACCAGCGGUCAUCAAGCAGGACACAAAAUUGCGAAAGCCUCUCCCAGUUGGACUCAUAUUAGCUGUGACACUGAGGUUCCUGGCAACCGGCAACUCGUACACCAGCCUUGGCUUCAGUUUCCGCACUUCCACGAGUGCUAUCUCCCUGUUUGUACCUCUCGUCUGCCAAGCCUUGUUAGACGCAUACAAGCCUGAGGUCAUGAGGUGCUCCACAACACCCGAAGAGUGGAAUGAGGUUGCCCGCCAAUUCAGCACAAGAUGGAACUAUCACAAUUGUGGAGGCGCGCUGGAUGGGAAGCACGUUGCCAUCAGGAGGCCAGACAACGCCGGAUCCCAGUACUUCAACUACAAGAAGUUCCACAGCGUAAUACUUCUGGCCCUUGCUGAUGCCCAGUACAAAUUCCUGUUUGUCGACGUAGGCGCUGAGGGUGGAGCUGGUGAUGCUGGAACUUGGUGGAGAUGCAACCUUCACAUGGCCAUCGAGAAGAGAAGAAUUGGAUUCCCAGUAUUCAGCUACCGGUUGUCCCGUGCUCGUCGUGUGGUGGAGAACGCCUUCGGCAUCCUGCAGAUGAGGUGGAGAGUUUUCGGGACAAUCAUUCAUCUGCGACCCACAGUUGUCCGCGUCAUCACCCUCUAUGCAUGUGUUCUGCACAAUUUUACACUCCAACACCAUCCACCCGCACCUCACCACAUCGACCGGGAAGAUCAGAAGAACUACAACUUGGUCCCGGGGUCAUGGAGGGAACAGGAAAACCUCAUGCAACGACUCAUCGUGGAGCAGGGCAGGAACCCAUCAAUAAAAGCUAAGACCCUACGAAACUACCUCGUCAAAAUACUACUCUUCUGA